GACAAUGAGAGGGAUAUUGAUAUUGCUCUGUGUCUUCGUGUACCUUUCUCUCGCUAUUAUAUAAACCCCGUAUAUGCUUUAAUUCAUUUCAAUUUUUCCAUCAAUAAAAGAUCGGAAAAAGAAGCCCAGCGAAUCCCCGCCCCUUCCCCUCUAGGGUUUCCUCUGCCUCCCCCUUCCCAUUUUUAUCGGAGGAGGAGAGAGAGAGAGAGAGAGAGAGAGAGAGAGAGAGAGCUUCUUCGAGAGAGAGCGGAGGAGGAAAGGAAAUGGAAGGGGGAGCUCCACCUCCCGACACCGAGAUGGCGGAGGCAGGGCCGCCGCCGCAGCAGGAGGCGGCGGCGGCUGCAGCGGCAGCGGCGGCGGCGGCGGCGGGGGGACUUCCGCCGGGGUUGGAGAACAUCCAGGCGACGCUGAGCCACGGCGGCCGCUUCAUCCAGUACAACAUCUUCGGCAACAUCUUCGAGGUCACCUCCAAAUACAAGCCCCCGAUCAUGCCGAUCGGGAAGGGCGCGUACGGCAUCGUAUGCUCCGCUUUGAAUUCGGAGACGGGGGAGCAAGUGGCGAUCAAGAAGAUUGCGAACGCGUUCGACAACAGGAUCGACGCGAAGAGGACGCUGCGCGAGAUCAAGCUCCUUCGCCACAUGGAUCACGAGAAUGUUGUGGCGAUUAGGGAUAUAAUACCACCUGCAGUACGGGGAACAUUUAAUGACGUAUAUAUUGCAUAUGAGUUGAUGGACACUGAUCUCCAUCAAAUCAUACGCUCAAAUCAAGCUUUGUCUGAGGAACAUUGCCAGUAUUUCCUUUAUCAGAUUCUUCGUGGGUUAAAGUAUAUACACUCAGCAAAUGUUCUUCACAGAGACUUAAAGCCAAGCAAUCUUCUUUUGAAUGCUAACUGCGAUUUAAAGAUUUGCGACUUUGGACUUGCACGCACUACCUCAGAAACCGAUUUCAUGACCGAAUAUGUUGUCACAAGAUGGUAUCGAGCACCAGAGCUAUUGUUAAAUUCUUCAGAAUAUACUGCAGCCAUUGAUGUGUGGUCAGUUGGCUGCAUUUUUAUGGAACUCAUGGAUCGCAGGCCUUUAUUUCCUGGGAGGGACCAUGUGCACCAACUACGUCUGCUAAUGGAGCUUAUUGGUACUCCGAAUGAUGCUGAUUUGGAAUCUGUGAACGAAAACGCCAGAAGAUACGUUCGCCAACUUCCUCAUUACACGCCUCAGUCUUUUCCUGAAAAGUUUCCCCAUGUUCACCCUUCAGCUAUUGACCUCGUUCAGAAGAUGUUGACGUUUGAUCCCAGGCGGAGGAUUACUGUUGAAGAAGCCCUAGCACAUCCUUACCUGGCAUCGCUACAUGAUGUUAGCGAUGAACCAGUCUGCAUGGCACCCUUCAGCUUCGACUUUGAGCAACACGCUCUUUCAGAGGACCAGAUGAAGGAUCUGAUCUACCAGGAGGCCCUCGCAUUCAAUCCCGAAUACCAUCAAUAAGUUUCUCUACCAUUAGAGAACAACUUAGGCAAUUCGUGGUGGAUUUUCAGUGGAUAAACCUCAUCCAUUUCAUUGUCAAUUAUGACCAACUGUGCAUGGCUCCGAAGGGAAUCCUGGAAGGCUCGAAACCACUGGCCUUGUGUAGUGACUUCAUUUUCCAUUGUUGAAUUUUCCGUUCUUUUCAGUAGGCUGAGAUUCUGCAUUCACUUGUUCAUGAAAUUGGAGCAUGUAUUUAAAAAUAAUGUGAUGACACUUGGACUUUCGACGAGCAGAUCUGACUGGAGAAAUGGGACUCUAUUAGCCAAUUACGAGUAGUUGGUACUAAUGGUUUAGGUGCUUUCAUUAUUUAAUUGCUUGUACCGAACUUUCCUGUGAUGUAAAGGCCUGUUGAUUUCGGAUGUAUGGCAAAGCCCCAGUGGAAGGCUAAGUAGGAAGAUAUUGCUUUGUUGCCAGUUAAUAGAACGUAAACUAUCAUAGAAUGUGCUUUUUCUCAUUUGGGCUUAGUCUGGUAUUACGGUGCCAAAACCGCCCGUAUUUA